AGCAGAGGACCAAGGAGGAUGUUGGUGAGUGUGGUGUUGUUGCGGGACAAAAUGCGGAUAGGACUGUGCUUGAACUCCAGUUUUGUGUGGAUUUAGCUGCUGCGAGACGAGCCUGAGUGAAAACACAGAGAGGAGGACAUUUCCAACUAGUUGAAGAAAGAUGGAUGGGACGACAGGAAUGGUGCACUUCUGCAGGAUGAAUCACUAAAAAGAAGAUGUAGGCUAUAGUUACGAGGCUACCACCAGUCUUUUUCUGGUUGAAACAGCUGCAUUAUCGUUUUGAAGUGUAACACUCACAACCUUGGUAACGAUGGAAAGUGGAGUUUUUCUACCUUGUCUGGAUCAAUUCAUGCUGAGCCCACUUGUCACUUGGGUGAAGACAUUCAUGCCAAAUGAUGGUGGCAUGCACUUGGACUUCUCUGAAUUACUGGAUGGAGUCUUUUUAAUUGACAUCAUGACUGAAAUAAAUCCCUCCGCUGCAUCUCAGGGUGCAAACAAAGUGAGCAGGGAUCCCAGUCAGAGGGUCCAGAACCUGAACUUCCUUGUUCAGCAAAUCAAGACAUUUUAUCUGGAGAAUCUGAGACAGUUAAUCAUGAUUCCUCUGCCCAACGUGUUGCUGCUUGGCAGGACUAUGUACUCUGAACAAAGUCUGGAGGAAAUAAAGAAGCUUUUACUGCUGCUGUUGGGAUGUGCAGUACAGAGUGAAAAGAAAGAGGAGUACAUCGAGAGGAUACAGACGCUUGACUUUGACACAAAAGCUGCCAUCGCUGCACACAUACAGGAGUUGACCCACAGUCAGGAGAAUGUUCUGGAUCUUCAUUGGUUGGAGUCCAGUGAUGUGCAUCCAGAUGACCUGGAAGCUGUAGCUAGGAACAUGGUAACACACCUCCGUCAUCUGCUGCACCAGAGGGAUAACCAUCUAGAGACUAUAGCAGAGCUAAUGCAGGAAAAGGAAGGUGUGGUUAGCUUGCUCGGUAGCCCCUCCAGCCCGCAGUCGGCCAGCUACUCUCCCAGCAUGCAGCAGCAGGCGGGGACUCAGCAACACCUAGCAGUGGAGCUGGCUGACUCCAAGGCCAAAAUCAGACGGCUUAGACAAGAACUAGAGGAGAAGAGUGAGCAGAUGCUGGACUGCAGACACGAGCUGGAGAACAUGGAGGCAGAGCUGAAGAGGAUCCAGCAGGAGAACUCCCAGCUGCUUGUGGAUGCCAGAGCAGCCCGGACCUAUCGUGAUGAGCUGGACGCCCUAAGAGAGAGAGCCAUUAAGGCGGACAAGCUGGAGAGUGAAGUGGGACGCUACAGGGAGCAACUGCACAAGAUUGAGUUCUACAAGGCCAAAGUGGAGGAGCUGAAGGAGGAUAAUAGGGUACUACAGGAGACCAAAGAGGUGUUGGAGGAUCAGCUGGAAGGCUUGAGGGCUCGCUCUGACAAGAUCCACCAGCUGGAGAAGCACAGUCUGCUGCUGAAGUCCCGGGUCCAUGACAUGGAACAGGAGAGGGAGGCAGAUCGGAGGCGCAUUGAAGAGCUUCAGGAAGAGAACCUGGCUCUGUGUUUGGCUCAAAGGAGGAGCAUGGAGGAGUCCAAGCACCUGGGCUGGGAGUUAGAGCAGCUGUCAAAGACCACAGAGAAUUCUCAGGGUCUGCAGACUCUGAGCGAGGAGGUGAGUGAGAGGACCCGCAGUCGGAUGCUGAAGCUGGAGAAAGAGAACCAAAGUCUCUUAAGGACCUUAGAGGAACUCAGAGCCGGCUCUUUAAAACACAGUACACAGCAGAAACAACGCCAACACCUCGAGUUUAACCAUGUCUCUGAGGAUAUUUGUAGCACCAACAACUGUACCUCAUCAACAGGUGGAAUAACGGGAUUACUGAGCUCCUGCUCAGUAGAAAAGUGCUCUAAUAUAGUCCUGCAGAAUGGAGAUUCAAACUGCCAUCAGCCACUCAGAAGAGACGGUGCACAAGAGACAGAUGAAGUCCAGAGUGAGAUGCUCCCUAGGAAUAAUCCAGACCUUCAUAUUCAAGAGAAAGGACAGCUGGAGGAGGAAGACAGUGGAGAUGGCAUCAAAGAGCUCAUGUCUGACCUGGAAGUGUUAGAAAAUAAUCACAAUGGGCUCCAUUGUUUUGUUGGAUCCCGUGAUUCCUCACCUGGCUCAAAGAGCAGCAGUCCCUGCCAUGACAGCAUCUUCACUGCUCUGCCAACACGCUUCUCCUAUGCCAGCAAGCACACACAGCGGCUUGAGGCCAAAUGCAGGGCCCUGGACACAGUCAACCAGCAUCUACAGACUGCUCUUGAUAACACUGAGCGGAAAGUUCAGCGCCUGGAGGCAGAGGUUCAGGAGCUGGAGGCAGAGAAUCACAGUCUACAGGCUGCUUUAGAGGAACUUCGGAUCUCUGCACGACGCCUGGAGCAACUGGAAACAGAGAAACAAAGCUUGGAGCAAGAAACCACAGUCCUAGAGAGGGAAAAGAGGCAGCUAGAGAAAGAGAAUCGCCGACUCCGACAGCAGGCUGAAAUCCAGGAAGCCAAUUUAGACAGCAGCAACGUCUGUAUGGCCAGCCUAGAGAGGGAGAUGCGUUUCCUUGUAAAGGAGGUGGAAGGCUUAAGGGAGACUGCUGAGAGGGUCAAAGGCCUGGAGGGAGACAACAGAGAACUGAGCAAGCAAGCAGCUAUCGACCAAAGGACCCUGGCCACCCUCAGAGAGGAGCUGGUGAGCGAGAAGCUGAAGACCCAGCAGAGAGAUAAUGAUCUGGAGAGGCUGGCUUAUGAGUUGGAAAUGAAAAUGCUGAACCAGGAGACUACACAACAGGCUGAACAAGAGGCACAAGACAACAGCAGAUUCAAGAUGCUGGAGUCAGAGUUGGAGUCGUCUCUAAAGAGAUCUCUUCAGAUUAAAGAGGACAAGAUGUCCGCUUUGGAGGCUCGUCUUCAGGAAUCCUCCAACCUAAACCAGCACCUUCGACAUGACCUCAAGACUGUGAAGCUGAGCUAUGAAGCCCUGCAGCAGAGGCAGGAGGAGGAGUGGGCGUCAUCAGGUUCCACCCCUCCCAGAGAGACGGGCAGGGUGAUGAGUGAAUGGCUGCGUGAAAGCCAGGAAGCCACACGGGAACUACUAAAGCUCAAAGACCGUCUGAUAGAGGUGGAGAGAAAUAAUGCCACACUCGAAGCAGAACGCCUGGCUACGCAGGCCCAGCUGAAGCAGCUGGAGAGUCAGUCAGACAGUCAGCAGGCUCAGGUCCUCGCUCUGCAGAGGCAGGCUGCAUCACUGCAGGAGAACAACACAGCCCUACAGACACACAAUGCUAACCUGCAGGUGGAGAAAUCAACUCUCAACUCACAGAGCGCCUCCCUCAUGGCCCAGAAUGCUCAGCUGCAGCAGCAGCAGACUGGGACAGAAAGCGAGCGGGACAGCGCAAUACGGGAGCGUGAAGAGCUGCGUGGUGUUCACGAGCAGCUUCUUCGGGAUCACGAGCGGCUUGCAGCUCUGCAUGAGCGGCAGGCCAUGGAGUAUGAGGCCCUGAUGGGCAAGCAUGGCUGUCUGAAAAACGCACAUCGUACUCUGGAGCUUGAGCAUCGCACUCUGCAGGAUAGGUACAAUUGCUUGCUGCAGAAGCGGACCAAGCUGGAGGAUUUGGAGAAAGCCCUAAAGGAGGAGCAGAUGAGGAUGUCUCUGGAAAAAGAACAGCACAGGACCACUGCUGCUGAAUGCUGCAGGCUCCGCGAUGAGAAGGACUGGCUGAACCAGACAUACCGUCAGCUUCUUAAGGACAAUGAGGUGCUGACAGUGGAUCACAAGCAGCUAAAGAGCACGCUGAAUGAAGCCAAGCUCGAGCACACCUGGCUGGAGGCCGACUUCUCAAAGCUAAAAAAGGAGUUUCAGCAGCUGGACAUCAACUCCACAAAGCUCACCAACCAAUGUGAGUUGCUUGGCCAGCUAAAAGGCAACCUGGAGGAGGAGAAUCGUCACCUGCUGAGCCAGAUCGAGACCCUGAUGCUACAGAACCGAACUUUGUUGGAGCAAACUAUGGAGAGCAAGGAUCUGUUUCAUGUUGAAGAGCGACAGUACAUUGACAAGCUUAAUGAUUUGAGGAGGCAGAAAGAGAAGCUAGAGGAAAAAAUAAUGGAUCAGUACAAGUUUUAUGAGCCCUCUCCUCCUCGCAGACGUGGGAACUGGAUUGCUCACAAAUUGAAGAAGUUUAUUAAAUCCAGUAGCCGUGAUCAAGGACUUGAUCUCCAACCCACACCUGCACAUUUAAGCGGUACCGAGUCCCACCUCCCAUGCCAUGAUAACAGCUCCUUCAUCAGCUCAGAUGGCUCCGGAGGCUCAGCCUCCAUCGCUGCAGGCGAUGCCAUCUCACCACGACGUAACGGCACCACUCUGAAAAUGUUUCCCCGAAUGAGGAACAGGAUGAAGGACAGAGACAAAGUCAAGUCCCUCUUCCGUCGUUCCAUGUCCCUGAGCAGCUUGGCGUUCCCCUCGGCACCAUCUGAGGAGAAGCGGUGGGCAAAGAGUUCAGAGACACUGGAAUUCUCUGAGGAGGACAGGAAGAUGGCAUUGACCUCAUCCCUUACCACAUCCAUCUUGUCCAUCCAUCACCUUAAUCAUCCCACCACUCUACCAUCUGGCCCCGUAACUGCCACAACUUCUGACUCAGCUGACACUGCUGUAGACGUUUCUGAGCUUUGGGUGACAGACAAGGACUCAAAUGACAGUGCUGUGCCGUCUGGGUUUGAGGACAACGACGACGUGCCAAAUCAUGGGAUAAAUGGUGUCCAGAGUCGAGCCCAAAGCGAGAGCAGCGGCGAAUUCAGCCUCAGUCUGGAAAAUGAGCCAUGGUCAAAUGGCAGCAGCCCCGUUCAGCAGCCCCCAUCUAGACGCUCCUCCUCCUUCCAGCCACCCACCGAUACUUCCACCCCCAGACACUCGCUGAAGCAGCAACAACAUAAGGGAAAAGCUGCUACCAUGCCAUUCACCAGCAAUCAGAAGUCUGAUCCACAGUCAACACCAAAGCAGAAAGAUCCUGGGCUCUCUCAGGACUUUUGGCUCACAAGGGGAACAAAGAGCAUCCGGAGGGGGUCGAGAGUAAAAGUCACACGUUGCUCCUCAGACUCAGGGAGAACAGUCAAGACAAACCCAGAGCUCAAUGGAAUUCAUCCAAAACUGAGCUCAGGCGAAGUUGAAGCUACCCGAGCCUCUGUCUGUUCACCAAUCACUGUUUUAUAUGUUCAGGGUAAGUCUUCAUCAAUGUCUGGUUGCCUCAACUGCUUCUCCACUCCUCUGGGAAAAGAGGGGCGACUCAAAGGCUUAAGGUCACCUAAAAGUCUCCCCCGAGCUAGUAGUGUGAUAUCCACUGCAGAGGGGUUUUCCCAACGCUCCAGUGUUAACAGCGACUGCAGGGUGAUCGUCAAAACUGACCCGCUGUCUGUGCAGCCUACAGAAGAGACUAAAAGUCAAGAGAAAUCAGCUGGUCACAAACAACCAGAACCAGAGACUAAUAACAGUGAGCCUGAGCCCAUUCCUCCUGUCAAACCUCCCAGAGACCCAGCAGUUGUGGUUCCCACAGACCCCAAACCCCCUGUUCAGGAGUCCCUUUUUGGCUCCUCAUUCACUUUUAACUCUGUAUUCUCAAACACGAUCUUUAGCGAUUCUGUUGUCACCACCACUACCAGUCUGGAUGGACUUGGUAACAACCAGACCUUCUUCUGUCUAAAUCCAUCUCUGGUGCAGAACUGUCCUCUUGAGAGCCAGGAGUCUCUUCCUGACACACCACAAACACUCAACAUGGAAAAUGAGCAGAUUCAGACCGCAGAUCACUCAGUGGGGCUGGAAGAGAAGAAUAAACUGCUGACAAUUGCUUAAUAGCAUUUGUCAGGCAAGUGAAUGUUGUAUAAUUCCACAAAAGCAGGUAGCUGCAACACUGCUUUUUGCCACAUAAACACAGUAAAGUCCCUGUGAUUUCAUAUAUUUUCAUUUUAUACUACUGACUACCUAGUUAUGCAUUUACCUGAAAAUAUAAAUUACAAAUUAUUGAGAUAUCUUUCCUGUAAUUAAUUUCCCAUUUCUCUAUUACCAUUAACAGCUGUUAUGAGCCCUAUACCUGUGU